UUGGCUCAAGACUAGGAAUCACACAGUCACUCUCGAGGACCAACGUCCCACGUCAACAAACGCUCUACCGCCGGCUUGCACGGCGAACAGAUUUCGGCGCAUCCGAUCCACCUUCCGGCCGCGCACUUCGUUCUCAGACUCGCAGUCCAUAGUCCAUACAAGCGCCCUGUAAUGGCGCUCGUCCUGAAUUGCAACGUUCUCAAGCAUGCCCAUGUGGUGGCCAGCUUUGUCUGUCUGGCCUCUCUGCCUGGCGCGGACUCCGAGGAGCUUUCCGCAGAGGGCGUUGAGGCCACAACGGGUGCUGGCUCGACUUGCGAGGCUUUGGUGCAGGGCUUGCUGAUUGGAGUCCUGGGCAUCACAGCAGCGGCCGUGAAGGACCACGGUGCCUCUGCCCUCCGAUCGCUGCGCGCCAGGCGGCGCGCAGCCCAGCGGGAAGCGGCCGAGGGGACGCCCGCGGGCGCCGCUGCCAGGGCGAACUCCGAGGAUCGCCCGCAGGGCGCCGCCGCCGCAGCGAAUCCCCAGGAGAAGGGCGGCCGUUCCCGCCCCGCAGUCGCCCCGUGGGCGAGGACGAGCGACGCCAGGGACUCCCCGGCGGCCGCGGUUGGGGCGGACGGCUUCGGCGAGAUGCUGGCGGCUGCGCGCGGCCAGCCCCCCGAGGCGGCCGAGGCCGCCGCGUCGCCAGCGGCACAGCAGCGCCCAGAGCGCCCCGCGCUCCCCAAGCCGGGGCGCGGCGCGCGGGUGGUGCAGAUGCGCUCCAAGGUGGCCGAGUUCUGCUCCCUCAGUUUCGACGAGGUCGACACCACGGAGCAGAUGGGGUUGACCUGCCGCAUGCUGGCCACCCUGAAGUCCUUUGCCGAAGACGUGGUCUACUGGGAAGGUACCAGCAAGGUCGACGAGCCCGCGUUCAGCCUGCUCGGUCUCGACGAGGUCGCGCAGUUCGCGCUGCUGCGGACCGCCGAGAGGGCCGCAGCGCUGGUCGAGGAGCGCUGCUGGCGCGAGGCGUACAGGGAGCUGUGCACGGCGCGCCCGUGGCUGCCCUCGGAAUCCCCCGAUGGCCCCGCCGAGGCUCAGCGCGCCGAGGUGGUGGCCGAGCUGGGCCGCGCCAAGGCGCAGGCCAAGCAGGACUUCCACGGGCCGUCCCAGAAGGAGCCCCGCGGCGGCAGCCCCCGCGGCAGCUCCCGCGACUCCGACACCGUCGCCAUCGUCAUGCGCCUGCCGGCGGGGUGCACCGGCCACGUCCUGGGGCCCCGCGCGGCGACGGUCACGGCGCUCCAGGCGGAGACCGGCGCCCGCGUGUGGCUUGACGUGCGGAAGGACGAGGCCCACGUCUCGGGCCCCCCGCACGCCGUCGAGGCCGCCCGCCGCGGCAUCCGCUUCCUGCUGACGCCGCUCCGGGGCGCGGCGGCGGCCCCGCCCGUGCGCGCCCCGCCCCCCGAGCGGGGCCGCUCCCCGGCCAAGCCCAGGGGCCGCUCCCCGGGGAGCACCGACGACGAGGAGACGCGCGCCGGCAGCGACGAGGAGCCGCCGGGCAGCCCUUGCUCGACGAGCAGCGGAGAUGCCAGCGGCAGGAGUGUUCCCCGUGCCGGCCGGUGGAGCGAGCACGCGAGCUCGGACGGCCUCAAGCUGGCGAGGGGCUCCGCCGGCGCUGUUAGCCUGAGCGGCAUCUGGCAGGAGUGCGCGAGCGUCGCCUACCGCGUGCAGGCGCGCGGCGAGUCGUGGACGGCCCACCCGUGCGGCGGUCACGGGGGCUCCGAAAAGGCGCCGAUCGAAUACGACGACGCGGCUGGCGUCUACUGGAUGGGCGCCACGCGGGCCUUCGUCGCGGUGCGCGUGGACCCCGAGAGGCUGGACUGGUACCCGGCCGAGGACAAGAAGCGGUCCAAGCCCGCGUUCUCGUGGACCCGGAAGCCGCUGCAGCGCAGGCGCACGGCCUGAGGGCGCCCGCGGGCCUCGGGCGCGCUCCCACGGGCCGCUCUCGCGCCACCGCCUGGGACGGCGACGGCGAGGGCGACGACGACGACCACGACCACGACCACGACCAUGACGCUGACGUCGCGGCUACGGCUGCGCGCUGCCAGACAGGGACGGGCCUGCCUGCGAUGCGGGCGCCCGCCGCCCGCCGCCCGCCAGUGCUGCGCGGUGAGCUGCGCAGUCCUGGAGGGACGCAAACAUGUCCGACCCAGGUGCGUCUCUUUCCCGGAUGCCGCUCCUCGAGUGGAGAGAAUCGACCGCAGACCCGAAUGGCCCCAGGAUCGAGCCCUGUCGAGUCCACGCAGACUGCGCAGAGCCCC